CUUAUCUCCGUACAUGUCAAAGUUUUGUUGUAUAUUUGACCAUUUUAGUAAUUAUUUCGUACGCCGCUCUUUAAAAUGGUAUUUUAUGGUAAUUAUCUAGUUAGAAGACAAGUGGAACAUCAAGCAAUGGAUAUUCUGAUGGAUGCCAUUGACAGCAACGAUUCUGGCAAUUUCAGAAAAUACUUUUCAAGUUUACGAAAAGGUUUUUUUCUAGGAGAAAACAAUUACAUUUGCAUGCUAUUUGAAGAGUCCAUUCGAAAUAAACGUUGCCAAAUAUUUCAAUUUUUGCUCAGGUCCCACGGUACAGACGAUGUGGGGACUCUUGGUGCUUUAGACCACGUGUUGAAUUCUCAGAACUCCGUCCCUGAGAACUAUGUUCUCGAACUGUUGAAAAAAUAUUCGUCUGUUGUUGAUGGUGAGACUCUUUUGGGCAAAACUGCUGGAAAAGGGUAUGUCCAUGCUACGAAAUUCUUAUUGGAUAAAGGGCUUGAUGUUAAUGGACAAGACAAAGGAAAUUGUACUCCGCUUCACAUGUCAUUGAUGGCAAAUCCGGAUAUCAAUAGUGAAGAAUUGAUUACUACGUUGUUGUGUCAUGGUGCUGAUGCUUCAGUUGAAGCUUUCAAUGGAUAUAACUCCUUUGAACUAGCCGUAAAGUAUAAACACACCGAUUUCGUCCAAGAAAUGUUAUUUGAAUACAUUUUUGAUAGUCGCUCAAAGUACAAACUACAUUUCAGUGUGUUGUUACAACUAGCCAAACUAAAAUCGCCACUUUUUCAUCAACUAUUGACAUAUGAAGUUGAAUUCUUUCUGGACGAAAACAUUCAAACGCCUUUUUCGGAAAAUCUCAACGACUUGUUACUACUAGAAACCGCCUAUUUAAAAAUUAUUUUAGAAAAGUAUGAUCUUAUAUGUUGUGGAAUUGUAAAGAAUUAUCUUCUCCAUAUUUCUAUAUCUGAACCCAUUUCUCGUGAUUUUUUCUCAAGAAAACGCCCACCAGCUUUGGAAAGCAUUCUCUACACAGACCACAUUUUAACAAAACUGAAUUUACUCCUCCAAAGUUCAGCCGCUUUGAAUAAUUGUGUCACCGAUUUCAUCAACAGUUUAGACUGUUAUCAGGUGUUUUAUUGGUGUCCUGAAGAUAAAAACGAAGAAGACGUUACUAAAAUAUUCGCCUAUCUACUCACAACUGGCCUAAGGGUCACAACUGUACUACAAGACGAGAUUUUUCGAAAAUAUGGAUACUGCGAAUUAUUCAAAAUUCUCUUGUACUUGGAUCCUGAACCUGAUGUAACUGGUGCAACUUUUUUAAGUGCGAUGGCGUCGUACAUUUGUGACGUUAAUUUGACCUUAGAUGCACUUCCUCUGUCGAAAUAUUUAGCGGAUUCUGUUAUAGAACUAACGAAUUAUUUUGUGCAUCCCAAACUGCGUGACUUCCUGUCAACAAGACUCCUGGAAAAAGAUCUAACAAGAUUAGAAAAUUAUCCACGUGUACCAAAACUGGUAGAAAUGGCUCGAAAUUCUUUCAGAAAGUUUUUUGUGACUAAACUUGAUAUUAAAAGUGCGAAACAGUAUUAUACACUUCUCAAUUGUCUUCCGAUCGGUGAUACUCAUAAAAAAAUUGUUACUCUUGAAACUAAGUUAUAUGCUAUUCAGAAUUAAAAUAAAUUUAUGUGUUUUAUAUAA